AUGCGAUCGACGCGUCCGGCGCCCAUCGCGCACAAUUCCUCGGCCCUUGGCCCAUCUGCGCACACGUCCGUCAAAUCGCAGCCCUGUCUUCAACCUUCACCGCUACCAUUACAGCCCAUUGAAAACUCAUUUCAUCGGCUGUCCCGCCCGCACAGGCCAUCACCGACCAAAGGCCUGCCCACACAGGGCUCACAUCCUGGGCGAAAACUCGGUUUCGUUCCCAUCUCUGCUCCGGCCCCUCCCAUGUUUACUACCGACUCCCCUACAAAGAAACCACCUUUCUCCUUACACUCGCAACCCUCGAUGCCCCAGUCGGCACUCUUCACCACCUUCUCCAGUGUUAAUACCGAGUCCAAGGGGAAUCAUCUUCCCGAGGACCCGUCCAAUGGCAGCUUUGCCGACUUCCCAGAACCCUCAUAUGAAUCCAGGCUUCCUAUGAAGCGCAGCCUCAUGGACGCCGCCCCAUUGAAAGAGCGCUCUGUCAAGAAGCAGAAGCGCGAAGACGUGCCACUCCACCAUCUGCCCGAGCCACACGACAUGCCACCCAUCGAGGACGACGGUACGAAGCCACCAUAUAGCUAUGCGACAUUGAUUGGCAUGUCGAUUCUGCGCGCUCCCAACCGUCGCCUAACUCUGGCCCAGAUCUACAAGUGGAUUUCCGACACUUUCUCGUACUACAAAAACAGUGAGCCUGGCUGGCAGAACAGCAUCCGUCAUAACCUCAGCUUAAACAAGGCCUUCAUCAAGCAAGAGCGUCCGAAGGAUGACCCGGGCAAGGGCAACUAUUGGGCGAUUGAGCUGGGGAUGGAGUUGCAGUUCUUGAAAGAUAAGCAAGUUCGCCGCGCGACAAUGUCCAGCAUCCCUCUCCCUGCAAUCCCACCACGGGAUUUGAUCCCUCAGUCGCAAAGCGCAAGCACGACUACCUGGAUGGUUCCUCCACCACCCAUGCAGCAACCGCUUGCACCGAAGGUCUCUUCGCGGAACGAAGACCUGUCAUCGGAUGCCACUUUGCCUGCCUCUGAUCCUGCCUUGCAAGACGACACAGACGAGGGCGUUCACACAAAUGCGCACCCAGCUGGUCGCCUGCGCUCAUCGCCCCCUGCCAUUCGAUCAUCUCCCCCUAUUGCUCCUCCUCGUUUCGCGCGCCAAGGCACCCCGCCAACUCCUACCCACGCUGGUCCCACCCCAGCUUCUCGUCCACGAAAGCGCAAGUCGAUCACCAUGAAUGACAGUGGUUAUUUCUCCUCUUUGGAGUCAUCCGCCAUGAGGCCAAACAAGGCUGGUCACAUGCUGACAUCUGAUUUGGAUAUUGAGCCACCGCGCAUUAAGCGCGGUCGUGCUGAAGAGGAGAUUGCGCGAAUUCGUAGCUCCUCCCAUGACAUCAGUCCGGGGCAACCGGCCACGCGCAAGGACCCUAGCACGCUUGUUGGCUCGUCGCCGCUGCGUGGAGGAUAUGUGAGCAUGCUGCCACCGCCGUUGACGCCUGUCAUCAAAUUCAAAAAACCAGCGAAACCCCCGCCAUCAGUCUCCCCCAAUACCAAUCUUCGAAACCACCGUCGCAAGAUCCAACAGAUGGUCAACUCACCCAUCAAGCAUUUGGGCUUGACAGAUGAGGACCUGCCAUGGAGUCCAGCUUUCAAUCUUCACGAUGAAAGUUAUACCCCACACGACCAUUUCCAUACAACAUUCGAUGUCUUCGCCGAUUCGGGCCAUGAGCUUGUCUCAUCGGCCACAUUUGGAUCCCCUGAGAAGCGUUCGGUCAAGCGUCAGCGGACUGACCAUGGCAACGUUGCGCUAACCGACAUCACCUCUACUAGCGCGAACAGUCGGAUUAUUCCACCACUACCUCGCUCAAAGUCAGCUAUCUUCCCAGAGUCUCCAUCUAAGCUGCCGGAAAUCGGCAGACUUGGCGAUACCAGCCAGGAUGAUUUUUUCUCCUUCCAUCUCUUUGAUGAGAGCAACGAUAGCUCCGGGGAGGUUGACGGUGUUGAUCUCUUACAGGGAUUCCAAAAGAUUGGAGGAUCCACGAAAGAUGAUGCACUUAAGCCAAGAGCAAUCCACCCACGUCCCCAGAUGAGCCACCGCAGCAACACCACUCUAUUUUGA